AAAGCUAAUAUGGGCGGUGGGUAUAUAAGAUAUUCGUAUGUAAUAGAAGUUUUCAGCUGAUAUAAAAGUACAUCGAAGUUGUAAGAUAAAUUUAGAGAGCAUUUUGUGUUCGUCAAAUCUAGUGGUUUUACUUGCCGGUUCCUAAAAGUGUGAAUUGUUUAAAAUGAAGUACUUCGUAGUGUGCCUGGCUAUCUUCAGCUUAGUCAUCUCCCAUACUGAGGCUCAAGAGCUACUGGAAAAAAUUAAGCAGAUUGCUGAGGAGUGUAAAGGGCAAGUUGGCGCCAGCGAUGAUGAUGUGACAAGAAUGUUAAAAUAUGAGCCGGCAACUAAUGACAAAGCUAAGUGUCUGCAGGCCUGUAUCAUGAAACAAUUCGGCAUUCUGGAUGACAAUAACAAACUAGUUGAAGCUGGUGCUAUGGCCUACAUAAAGUCGCUAGCUGCUGGCGAUGCAGAGUUGGAGAAGCUCAGCACCGAGGUUUACAAUGAAUGCAAGAACACCCCGGCAAGCAGCAAUGAAUGUGAGUACGCUGAAGCUGUUCGUGUCUGCACUAUCGAAAACUCAAAGUCCAAAGGCAUUAAGAUUUUACCUCAGUAAAAAGGUUUAUUCGCUGACCGGCUAAGAAGUACUUUAAGUACGUGUAUUAUCGCAAUAAAAAAAUAGUUUUCUUAUGAAAUCUUUUAAUAAAUAUAAUGGAAUGCAAAUGUAAA